AAUUAAUUUUUACGCUUCUCUUUCUGCAAUUACUCUUUAAAAGCGUUUCUCUGCAAUUACUCUUUAAAAGCGUUUCUCUCUAAAAUAUUGAGUAUUACUGACUUUAGCAUUGGAGUGUUUUCUCCAAAAAAAAAAAAACAUCCUCAAGCUUUUUUAGGUGUAGCAGCAGCCAAGGAUUUCAACGUUGGACUACGAAGCUGCCCAAACAAAUAGUGAUUUUUAUAGCUCGAUCAAACUUAUUCCAUUUUCAGCCAUAGAUAUGACUUUUCGGAUUUCAAACUCUCUGAAUUUGAAAACCAACCAAAGUGAAGGUGAAGGUGAAGGUGAAGGUGAAGCCGAAGAAGCUACUCAUGAAUUGCUACAGUUGAGUAAGAAAUUAGAUUCUUUACGAGUUUGGAAGGAGAAGAAGCAAAAUGGUUUUCUAUCAUCAUCAUCGUCUUCUCGUGGAGGCAUAUCUGUAUCUGUGCAAAACACUAGUGUUGUCUCAUCUUCUCACUGUGGGAGACGUGGGAGGAAAAGUAACAAGGAUCAUGUGAAAAAGAUGGAGCUUGCAAAGAGACAACAGGUUGAUAGCUUCACCAACGUUGCUGCUACCACCGGACUCCUCAAUGGAUCGAACCUCGGGGAUUAUAAACCAUCUGCUUCCGUAGCAUCUCAGUGGUUGCAACUUCUUCAACAAGAUAUUAAAGGGUGCCUUUCAGUACUUGAAGCAUUAUGGAGUAGCAAGGAGAGAGUGUGAGAUAUAAUUGCAACAGAUUUACCUUUUCUAAUAGCAAAAGAGUUCUCUAACCAGGAGAAGGAUCCUUGUACUGUGCAAAAUUCUACUGAUAGAUUUUCCACAAAUGCUACUACCUCUGACAUGCACUGUUUGAUCAGAUGGAUAAAGCACUUUCUGAAGAAGAGAAACAGCUCGAAGGUUGGUUGUAUCAAGUAGAAGAGAUGCAAGUGCAUUGUGAUCCUGGGCUGAAUCAUAUACAAGAGAACAUGAUUUAUGGCUUACAACAGCUUGGGGUAUCGAUAAUUUGAGAGCAAAUUAGAGAAGGGAGAUUCCUCAGACUCACAGAAGGAAUUGGCUGUCAAGGCGGUGGCUGUUUCCAUUUAUUCAACUUGCAAUUUUCUAUUAAAAAAGGAGAAUAUAUCCUGUUUCUCAUUUUACUAACUGCUGUCAGUCUGCCACUGAGUUGAAGCCAACUAAUUAUAUUUCUUAUUCUCUUUCCUAAUGCUAGCUCGAGUCCUUAUUGUGCAUUUCCCAACCAGUCAUUACAUUGUUGGUUUGAUAAUGCCUUGCUGACUUGUGAAAUUGUAACACCAGAACUGGAAAUAUAAACUUGCAUCAUGUCU